GUGAAGCUCACUGACACACAUACAGACCGCAACAAGCCACAGGCAGGCACGCUACCAGACAGACCGGCAGACAGGUAAGCAGGAGGCAGGCACCAUGACGCAAACAGGGGACAGACUCAGCUCUGUGACAACAGAUGCCUCCCACAGAACUGAACACUGAAGUUUACUUUAAGAGCCUCAGUGGAGCUGGAAUAAGCAGAAAACAAGACAAAUAACAAGACGGGAUGAGGAGUUCUUGACUGCUGUUUUUUAUGCUGAGGAGGAGAGGGUAUUUUACACACUUUUUCUGUAGUUGCUGAACCUGUGGAAUUACAUCUAUGAGUCAGGGGAGGACUAAAGCCAGCAUGGUAUUCAGCUGGCAGAAGUCCUUUGCCAUCCUGAACCCCUGGAGGAAAGGGAAGGGGGACAAUGUGCUGGAUAAUGAGGUUGUCUUGACCAAGAUGAAGCUCUUCAACAACUUCCAUGAGAAGCUCCUCAACAACGCUGAUGAUUCUUCAUCCACUAUCUCCAUGUCAGUAUCUGAGCAGGACAUCUCAGAGCCUGUCAAAGGCUUGAAGGGGAAUGCUGAUCUGGAUAACAUGCCUGGAAAGCCCCUGAUGGAGUCAAACUCAGGCUACCUCUCUGACAUUUUCUCAGACUCUCAGCUUCCCAUGCUGUACAAGUUUGAGUCGGAGGACUCUGGAGUGGAACUGCCCAGUGGAACCAACUCUCCGUCCACACCCACCGGCUCAGAGCAGAGCUUUGUGGUCCACAGCCGGGAACCCUCCUAUGACUCCUGUAACCUCAAUACUCCUGUCCCUACCCCAGGUCCACUCCUCACCAUUGAACAAUGCUCUGACACCAAACAAAAAGAGGAUUUAAGAGACACACCAUGUACGACUGUAGACAAUGCUGUGCUGGAGUGUAAUACUGUGGAGUUGGGGGCUGAACUCAACACAGAGGUUGAGAGGGUAGACCUUCAUAUAACUGAGAAGGACAUACAUAUGGAGAGGGCCCAACACAGGGCCUUGAAGGACACUCCUGAGGACAGUGACAAGGUUUCAAAGGAGCUGGGUGAGAACAGGGCUGUGACUGACGGGAUCAACUCAGAGAACACAAGGUCCAAGAGCCAGUGCUCUACAGGGGCCUGUGAUGAUAUGACAGGAGUUAACUUUGAGCAGCGUCCUCUGAGGAAAAGCACGACGAGCGACAGCCUAGAGGAGUAUAUGGAGGAAUGCUGUAGACUGAGUGAGGUCCACCAGGCCAGCUCCAACCCCCUUGGCUCCGGACUGGGCUACCUGGAGCACAUCUGCCAGCUCAUUGAGAAGAUUGGUCAGCUCCAGGAACACAACCUCAGGCUGCAGAAGCAAAUCUGUGGGCUGCAAAAGGAUGGAAAGAUGACCAAGACCAAAGAGGACUUCUUCCUGCAGCACUGUAGCUGUGGAACGGCCGGCCUGGCCUUCCAUGAACAGAAAAGACACUCUAGGAGUGAGUUCCUGACCACCUCCGUGAGCGGCACCCUCUCUGAUCUCUCCACCAUCCCUGAGGUCACACACCACACAGGACUCACAGCCAGGGGAGAGAGUGACCAGGGUGGAUGCCAGCCCCUGGUGCCCCUUUGGAAGAGGGGCCUGAAUCGGAUGAGCUACACAGAGGGAGAUACGCGCUCCUAUCUCUCUGACAGUACAGAGGGUCUCUCUGCCCCACACAGACGGCUGAGUGAGAACUACACGUGGGGCAGAGUGAAGGAUCUGGUGAAGAAGACCAAGCUGAGGAACCAGAGCAGACUGGGACAAUCAUCCACCUCCCUCAAGAGAUCCUGUCCACAGCUUUACCGCCCUGACCUGGGACCAGUGGACCUACCAGGAAGAAACAGGAACUCCAUGAUCACCUUGGGCCAUCAGAACAAACUGGACUUCCAGUGGCCCAGAUAACCAUUGUUGAUAUGAAACAGACGGCCCGAAGUGGGAAGAGAAUGCCCGGAAGGUGAAGUUGCACAGAUUCUCGACUGGACUGAGAGAGUAGUGUGAAAGGAGGGAUGUGAGAAAUAACACUUGUGAUGGAUGACAAAACUUUGAGUGAAAAGAAAACAAAAAGAGGGAUGGUCAUAGACAUCUCUCUUGAGAUACAAUUCUAAACUAAGGGAUUGUAUUGUUUCAGAUAAGGGAACAUUGGUAUUUAUAUGAGAACAGACAUGCAUGUACUCCACAAUGUACAUGAAUACGAUACAAAUGAUUUCAUCAUGUACUAUAAUCGUUUUUCUAUUCAAUUCAUAUUGUAAUGCUUUCUCUAAAUAUGUGUUAUGUUAGUGACAUUUCAGUACUAUGUG